AUGGAACUGCCGGUGACGGCUCCGGCACCCAAAGGAAGGAAAGCCCAAUACAUAAUCAAAACCAAGAACCUCUCCUACAAGCUCCCCCCGCCCUAUGGUGGCUUUGGGUGGUGGCCGGAGUCCGGCGCCGGCUGCACAGACAGGUACAUUCUAAGAAAUGUUAACUGCGAGGCCAAACCCGGUGAGAUCACAGCCAUUGCCGGCCCAAGCGGUGCCGGAAAAACUACCCUUUUGGACAUUCUCGCAGGGAUGAUCGUGCCGUCUAGAGUCUGCGGCCACGUUCUCGUCAACGGCCAGCCCAUGGACGCAGCGUUUUUCCGGCGAGUCUCCGGCUACAUCACCCAAGACGAGGCUCUCUUCCCUCUUCUCACCGUAGAGGAAACCCUGAUCUACAGCGCUCGGCUCCGGCUUGAAGGCGGCUUGCAGAAGGCGGCGGCAGCGAGAGCGAAGCAGCUGCUCGAAGAGCUUGGGCUAAACCACGUCGCCGACGCGAAAAUUGGCGAUGAUUCCCGGAGGGGAAUCUCCGGGGGCGAGAAGAGGAGGGUUUCGAUCGGCGUUGAUCUGGUUCACGAUCCGGAUGUUCUUCUGGUGGACGAACCAACGUCUGGAUUGGACUCAGCCUCGGCUUUUCAUGUAAUCUCGUUGCUCGAAUCCAUGGCGAAGAAUCAUGGAAAAACAAUCGUUUUAACCAUUCACCAACCCGGAUUUCGAAUCCUCGAGCUCUUUGAUCAGGCUGUUUUGUUAUGCAAUGGGAUUGUUCUUCACCGUGGAUCACUGAAUCUCCUCGAAGAGAGGCUCAAACUCGCCGGCCAUUCCAUCCCUUUCCACGUUAACGUGCUCGAGUUCGCCAUUGAUACCGUCGAAAGCCUGCUCAUCGACCUCGAAGAAAACCCUGCCGGAAUUGAGGAAGAAGAAGAAGAAGAAGGAUAUCGUCCUUUCAGGAAAGGAUUGAACCGUGCAAUUUACUGCAAUUCUCGAUUCUCCGAGGCGGUGAUAUUAAGCCAGAGAUUCUCCAAAAACAUUUUCAGAACCAAGCAGUUGUUUUCGAUCAGAAUGGUGCAAGCAUUGCUGGUUGGGAUUCUACUAGGCACCAUAUUCAUGAACUCAAAGCUCAAGUUUCAGCCAAAAUUAGGGUUUUUUGCCUUCAGCCUCACCUUCUUGAUGUCGUCUACAACCGAAGCGCUGCCAAUUCUGCUGAGAGAGAAGAGGAUUUUGAUGAGGGAGACCUCGAGAGGAGCCUAUAGAGUUUCCUCUUAUGUCAUUGCAAACACUUUAGUUUUCCUGCCUUUCCUUCUAGGGGUGGCGCUUCUCUUCUCGACCCCGGUCUACUGGCUGGUCGGGUUGAGGCGAGACCUCGACUGUUUCCUCUACUUCUCGCUCGUGGUUUGGGUAGUUCUGCUCAUGUCCAACUCUUUAGUCGCGUGUUUCAGCGCACUGGUGCCCGAUUUCAUCGUGGGGACCUCUGUGAUUGCGGGGUUUGUAGGGUCUUUCUUCCUCUUUUCUGGGUAUUUCAUAUCCAAAGACGAGAUCCCAAAGUACUGGAUUUUCAUGUACUACUUGAGCUUGUUCAGGUAUCCAUUUGAGUGCUUCAUGAUAAACGAAUAUGGCGGGGAGAAGAGGAAAGGGAAGUGCCUGGAGAGCGUGGGAGGAGCUUGCGUAUUAGAUAGCCAUGGCUUCCUCCUGCAGAAAGGUUUGAAAGAGUCACAGAAAUGGAGCAAUCUGGCUGUGAUGCUGGGUUUCAUUUUGGGGUAUAGGUUUCUUUGUUUUAUGAUUCUGUGGUACAGAUCUUACAGAACCAAAGGUUAA